GGUGAUGAGAUGUGAGGUACGAUAAAGAGGUCUUGUUCACUGUGUCAUGUUCCUACUUGUUUUACUGCUGUCAUCUGUUGCUCAAUGUGCUCUAGGAAGUGAAGAACUCAACGUCACUGAGAUCAUCUCAGAUUCGCCUACAGAAUCUCCACAAUCAGUUGAUGUGACAGAGUCUUUACCAAGCGAUGGGUCCAGAGUUAGUGAUGGGACACAGAACGGGACAGCCGCCAUACAAGACACCCCCUCGGCUCGCCCAGCGCCCCCCAGGCAGCCGACACGUGCGCCCAGACUAGUGAGACGGCGACCCCGCCGCGCCAGGAGGUUCCGCCCGGGCAACGGUCCACGCUUCAGGGACACACCACCCUACAACCCCGUCAACGUGUACAACCCGUACUACAGGGUACCUCAGACGUACUACGACGCGUACUACAACCCCUACCAAGGGUAUUACCCGGAGUACGCCCAGACUGGAUACUAUCCCGCGUAUCCUUAUCAGCCGCAGCAGCCCUACCCCCAGCCGUACCCUCAUCCUCCACCACCUCCUGUCAUACCCACACCCCCGCCCACGCUGGCGCCCAUCCCUGACCUGUACUACGUCCAGAACACAGACGGCCACUACCAGUACAGGAGGGUGAGUGUGACCAGACGAUCAGACGCUCCGUGGUCACAUUACUCGCAGGAUAGAAGAUCCAGUCCGGACUACAGAUAUCCUCGCCGACCCGCCCGGCUGCCUACAGAGUUCCGUCCUCCGAGACUAACCUCGGCUCCUUACAAAGCGCGGGUGUUUGGUCUAGGCUCAGACCUUCCACCUAUAGAUCCCACGGAGACCAGCGGUGGUUGAGGUCUAACUGGUUCAAAUCUGUACAACCAUGUCCAUCAAUCCCAAUACUGUAUAACCGAUGUACAUCAACUUACAUAAUUUAUCGAAGCAGGCCACCCAUCAAACAUAUUUGUGUAAAUAAAGAACGAAGAAUAAAAAACUGAACCCCAAAAAGGAUUGUACCAGGCUUAUUACCUCUUAGAAAAGGACUUAAGAUUAUUUAUUUAACAUUUUAAUUCUCAAAUUGUGUGCACAAAAGCUUAAUUGUUAAUGAUGUUAUAUAAUUAUUUACAGACAUGUUAAAAGUUUACUAACUUUUCCUAGGACUUGGGAUGAUUGUGUUUGAUACAGUUCUAAAGCAAUAAAACGAGGCUAUAUAAAUCUGCCAAUAGCCACAAUUCAAUCCGUAAUAUCUGUAAAUGUCAGAUCACAAAUAAUUUAAACGUAAUAAAGUAUUUACGGCUUGUUCCUGCUAUCACCAACUGGGUUAAUAAAAGCAAACAACACAGCGAAUUGUAGAGUCUACAGGGAAAUAUGAGAGAGUUCAUAAAAUAUAACCACCCUGUUUGCUGUAGUACUUGGAUUCAGACGAGUGGAGGAAUGAACGAGUCAUGUUCUUUUUUUAUUUUAUUUAUACAUAUCUCAGUUUAUAAAAGUGGUGAAAUAUAUUACUGCAGUUUUGAGAAUGCUUAUUUACUAGUAUUUGCAAACAUUAAAACAAAUCAAUUAAUCUCAAUCAAAUUCCUUUAAAAGACAUCCACUUAAGAACCUGGAAAUCUCAUAUUUCAAAUCGAGAAGUGUCCUGUAUUUUGUGAGUUUUAUAGACGGUAUCCCUGUAUCCCUGAAACCAAAUUACGGAAGAAAUACUGGAGGGCUGUCGGCCAUGUUUUAUUCAGGAGUGACAUCUUCGAUAUUGGAAGGAACGCACCUGAGACGUACCACCGACACAUACACUCUUCUUCGCUACUUCUCAAUGUAAUCUACAUAUUGAACAUGUUUACAUUAUAAAAUUGAUAGUUUUAAAAGCCUAAUAAAAACAACACAUUAUUGUU